CCGCGGCGUGGCCUAGGACGAGGGCGCGGCCGAGGGCGAGGGCGUGGCCGCCGGCCCUUUAAACCUACGGGGACGCUCCGAGGGCCGCAGCCGGGGACGGCGCCACGCGGGCUGGACGGUGCGCGGCGGCCGCAGGGCUCUCCGGGGAGGCCGGGGCAGUUGAUGGUUUUGGCGAAGUAUCUUAAGGUAGCUGGGCCUGCCCCCUCUUCCCCACCUACCUCUUGUCAUCCCUCCCACACCUCUACCACCCUGGCUCCCCUCCCUCAUGACCGCCUGGAUCCUCCUUCCCGUCAGCUUAUCAGCAUUCUCCAUCACUGGCCUAUGGACUGUGUAUGCCAUGGCCGUGAUGAACCGCCACGUGUGCCCUGUGGAGAACUGGUAUGGCGUACUCUGCAGACAGCUUCACUCUAAAGCUCCCUUCAUCUCUCUUCCCUCUUGGGCCGGGGCUGCUGCGAGCCAGACGGAGACCCUGGGUCACUGCUCUUCUCUGACAUUGGCGCGCCUGCCCCCCAGGUCCUACAACGAGUCCUGCUCUCCUGACCCUACUGAGCAAGGGGGUCCCAAAAGCUGCUGCACCCUGGACGAUGUCCCCCUCAUCAGCAAGUGCGGCACAUAUCCCCCAGAGAGUUGCCUCUUCAGCCUCAUUGGCAACGUGGGUGCUUUCAUGGUGGCCCUGCUCUGCCUCCUGCUCUACGGGCAGCUCCUGGAGCAGAGUCGGCAUUCCUGGAUUAACACCACAACACUCAUCACAGGCUGCACCAACGCUGCAGGCCUCGUGGUGGUUGGAAACUUUCAGGUGGAUCAUGCCAAGUCUCUACAUUACAUCGGAGCUGGUGUGGCCUUCCCUGCCGGGCUGCUGUUUGUCUGCCUGCACUGUGUCCUCUCCUACCAUGGAGCCACCGCCCCCCAGGACCUGGCUAUGGCCUACCUGCGGAUCGUGCUGGCCGCCAUCGCCUUUGUCGUCCUGGUCCUCAGCGGCGUCUUCUUCAUCCACGAGAGCUCUCAGCUGCAGCACGGAGCAGCCCUGUGCGAGUGGGUGUUUGUCAUCGACAUCCUCAUUUUCUACGGCACCUUCUGCUAUGAGUUUGGGGCAGUCUCCUCAGAGACACUGGUGGCUGCGCUGCAGCCUGCUGGCCGGGCCUGCAAGUCCUCCGGGAGCAGUAGCACCUCCACUCACCUCAACUGUGCCCCUGAGAGCAUCGCCAUGAUCUGAGGGCUGGGGAGGGUGGCUGGCCCAGCCUCCACUACUCCCCACCCCAUGUCUUCUCUGCAUUCAUUUUAUACCAAAAACAAUUUUGAGAAAGUAUUCUGUUGGGAUAUAGGCUUCCUCACUCCUGGAGGAGUGGCCAUCCCACAUCCACCUGUGCCAUACAGGAGCGGGCCCUGGCAGCUGCCUGAGCUGCGCAUGACCCGCUCCCCACUCUAGUAUUGUCUUUAUGUUUAAAGGUCACACAUCCUCAGUCACCCAGCCACCCCUUCAGGUGCCUUUAUACCCAGUGCCGAGGCCAGACCACUGGGGUUUCCUGCUGCAGGAACUGGGGGCUGGGAACAGCAAGGGGGAUAAUGAUGGGGGGUGGGGGGGCAGGGGAGGGUGAGCACACCUUAGUCUGUGGGAAGGCCCACUUUUGGGCCCACUGGACUGCACUGGGAUUCUUCACUCUGCCCCUUAUAUUCUUUAGGGCAAGUACACAGGAGAACCAUGUGGGUAUUUUAGUACUUUUUUUUAUAUAUCUAUUAAAAGAAUUCUAAUUUG